AGGUCGACAGACCUCGGGCAAAACGACGCUUCCCUGGACCUGCAGGAAUUCUUCCACAACAGCAUUAUGGUAAAAACCUGGAUGAAGUCUUGAUUUCAGUCCCACAGACACCAAUACAUUGUGCAGUGCCUAAACUAUGCCCUCAGAUGACUUUGGGAGAGGCCCAUGGGCUGCCAUGAAAGAAGAAUUAAGAUUGGAUGAAGGAAACACUAACUGUUUCCUUCGAAACUAUAGCAUUGUCAUGGUUCUGCGAAAGGCGGCCUUAAAACAGCUCCCUAAAGGCAAGGUUCCUAACAUGGCUGUGCUUGUAAAGUCAUUGACACGAACAAACACGGAUGCCAGUGCCGUUUUUAAAGAUCCAUCAGGUGAGAUGCAAGGUACCAUUCACAGACAACUUCUGAUUGAUCAACCAAAUGAUUUAAAAGUUGGAACAGUGCUCCUCUUGAAGCAGGUUGGUGUAUUUUCUCCAUCAGUUCGAAAUCAUUAUUUGAAUAUAACACCAAGUAAUGUGAUUAAGGUAUAUCCACAAGGUUCUACUGUAUGCAUACAUAGCCAAAUCGCCCAGAGUUCCCAGAACAACUUUGGGCUUCAAUCCACUGUUGACUUAUUAGAAUCAAAAUGUAGUGAUUCUGUCACCACAGACAAAAUUUCCUGCUCCGCCACUAUAUCUUCCAGUACAAGAAAUGAAGGCUCAGAGAUACCUGAAUGGAAAAGCACGCCGUUACAGGGACAAUGUGAUGAAGAAUGGGAAGCAGAUGAUCUUGACUUCCUGAUGGCUGAACUGCCAGAGGAAUACUUCACUGCCCUUUGAACUUCCUGUUAAGUGUCGGAUUUAAUCCUGGAAAGAUGCUUACUUAUCUCUUACUAAACUGUUAAUUGUGAGUUAAAAUAUCGACUGAGUUUUGGAUGAUCAUAAAAUCAUCAGGAUUUGCUUCUGACAGGACUUGAAAUUAUGGUUAUUAAGGCAUUCCCCCUCCUAAAUGCGAACCUGCCUCUACAGAGCCAUUUUCAGAUGUACCAAAGCAGUCUUUGUACGUUACUGUAAAAAUAUUCUUGGUCUAUUUUAAAUGAACUGAAAUGUUAAUUUACUGGUAAUUGUUAAUGUUUUGAUGUUUUUCAUUAAAUCUUGCUGUAUAUUGCUGA